AUGUCAUUAAGUGAUUGGGAAAAUGCUAAAGAGAAUAUUGUACCACUUAAAGGUGGUAGAGAUCCAACAAAACUUACAUCAUUUGCUAAUAAAUCAAAUCCAGAGGAAUUAGAACAGGAAAAACAAAAAUUUGAAGAAAUUAUUAAUGAAUAUAAAGGCGAAGAUCCAAUUGAAAAUUGGUUAAAGUAUAUUAAAUGGGUACAACAGUCAUAUCCAGGUGGCAAUAUGAAAGAACAACUCAUUAUUUUAUUGGAAAGAUGUACAAGGUUAUUUAUAAAUACAGAAAAAUAUAAGAACGAUCCAAGAUACCUUAGAAUUUGGAUUACAUAUGCAGAUAUGUGCAGAGAUCCCAUUGAAGUAUUUGCAUUUUUAGAGAAUCAAAGAAUUGGUUUUUAUCUCUCUUUAAUUUAUGAAGCUAGAGCUAUUGUCUAUGAAAAUAAAGGUGACUAUGAAAAAGCCGAUAAAGCAUUCAAACAAGGUAUCGAACGUAAAGCCCAACCAAUAGAAAGAUUACAACAAAAACAUCAAGAUUUUGAAAGAAGACUAAUGGCAAGAUUGAAAUAUCAACGUGAACAUAACCCAGAGCAAUUCCAACAACAACAACAAGAAUCAUUAUUAAACGAUGAAAAUGGGAAAUCAAAUAGCAGAACUGUUUUAGGUACAAUCAGUUCGACUCAUGUUUCUUCAGAAAGAAAAUCAUCUCAAAUUAAAGGUGCACCAUUAGGUAUUUCUGCUUUAGAUAAAAAAAGAAAAAUUAAUGAAAAAAGUAAUGGUGGAGGCGGAUUUCAAAUUUUUGAUGAUUCAAAUAGUGGCGGUAAUCCAGAUGUCCAAACUGAUUCUAAAUUCUUUGGAGCAUCACGUAAAUCUUCAAAUCCAACCAUCAAUAGUGUAGGUGAUUCUCUACCACAAGUUAAAUGGAACGAAUUAGAACCAGAACUCACCAAACAUAAAGAAAAUACCCAGCUCGCUCAAAAAUGGACCGAUACUAAAAUCCCACAAAAGAAAUUAAAGAGCACCACCUCAAAUUUCCAAAUUUAUUGUGACGAAAAUCUUGAACAACCAAAUGGCACAAGUGAUCCAUCAUCACCAGAAAAAUUAAAAUUGGUUUCAAAUGUAAAACAAUCAAAAUUAGAAGAAAUUCAAAACAAUCCAUUAGCCAAUUUUACAAAAGGUUCUCAAUCAACACAACCAAAUGGUAAAUCAUCUUCAUCUUCAUCUUCAUCCUCAUCAUCUUCGUCAUCGAGUAAAAAUGAAAAAAUUGGCUAUAACAAAUUAUUAUUUACAAAUAAUGAUAAUAGUGAAAUUUCUUUUGAAGAGUACAGAGCUAUGGUCGCAAUAAAGAAUUUAAAAGAAAAAGAAGAAAGAGAAAUACUAGAAAAAGAAAGAUUAGAAAAAGAAAGGUUGGAGAAAGAAAAAUUGGAAAAAGAAAAACUAGAACAACAACAACAACAACAACAAGAUGAAAUGUCAGUUGAAUAUGAAAAAGAAAGAGUACCAACAUCACCAACUAUGACAAUCCACACCAAACAAGCAUUUAAUGAUGUUAUGGCAAUGUUCAGCGAACCAUUAGAAAUUGAGCAGGGUAACAAGAAAUCUAAAAAGAAAUCAACUUUAGUUUUAUCAUCAACCUCACCAAAUCCAUUUAAACAUUAUCAAGACAAAGACGAAGUUUUUAGUGAACCAUUUGAAAGUCCUGAUAAAAAUGUAGAAAAAACAAAGAUUACCAAUCGUGAUAUGAUUAUGAAACAAUUAAAUUCAUAUGAAUCAAUGGAAACUGCUGUACAAGACCAACCACAAUUUAUUACAUUAGACCAAGAUAGAGAAAGAGUUCAAACCAUUGAUAGAAUAGACCAGAUAGUUAAAGUCCACCAACAACAAUUCCAAAUAUUUGAAGAUCAAUCAGCUGCUCAACAAAACAAUAACAUGUUUUCAAAAUCAUUCCAAUCCAAAGAUCCAAAUUUGGCAGAUAAAAUUAAAGGUAAAAAUAAAUUGUCAGCCUCAUCCAUUUCAAACAAUAAUAAUGGUGGUUUUUCAAUAUUCCAGGACCCAUCACCACAAGAAAACCAACAACAACCACCAAAGAAAUCGAUUGGUGGCGAUCCAUCACCACAAGAACCAAUCGAACAACAACCACCAAAGAAACAAUCUAAUGGCUUUACAAUUUUCCAAGAUCCAUCAUCACACGAACAACACGAAAAUAAAACAAUAGAAUUCGAAAGACAAUCACAACAAAGCCAACAACCACAACAACAAUCAAACAAUAUUACAUUUUCAGCAUCAACAUUUUCAGUUAGCACUAUUUCACCAUUAUCAAGCAAAUCGAUGGUUAUGAUGGAUUUUAAUAGUACAACCCAAGAUAAUCUCGAAGCUAGUUUCAAAGCAGCUAACAACAUUACAAGUAAUAUAACAGGAAACAUUACAAGUAAUAUUGACCCAACAACAGUUAUUAUAUGUAGUUUAACACCAGAUGACGGUAUUGUUUCUCCAUAUCAAAUUGAACACCAAUAUCUUUUAGAACAACACGUCUCGGGUACCGUACAAGCAAUUGAAACAUUUAUGAAUGUUAGCGAUGAUGUAUCCCCACUUCCAGAAAAUUUAGAUCAAGCUCAAGUUAAUCAAUCUCUUGAAGACAAUGGAAUUAUCGUUCAAAUGCCAUUCUUUGAAAAUGAAAUUACUGUUAGUUUUAGUAAGUGUAUUGCAAAAUCAUCAAUUGAUGGUAGCACUACAUUCAAAGUCGAAAGAAUUGAUGAUAAUGCAACACCAGAAGAUAGUUGGUUAACAUGUAAAGUUCAAGACCCAUCAUCUAUUUGGGAGUUUUAUAUUAUAAAUCAAAUUCAUACACGUCUAGAAGAAAAUUCACUACCAAUUUCUAAAAGCAAAUUCCCAAAAACCCAUUCACUUUAUUACUAUACAGAUAAAUCAAUAAUGUUAAUGGACCACUUUGACCAAGGUACUUUAGUUGAUGUUGUAUCAAGCUACCCAAUGGAUGAAUCAUUAGCAAUGUUCCACUGUAUAGAAUUAUUAAGAACUGUUGAAGAUUUACAUCGUGUUGGUAUUAUUCAUGGUAACAUCUGCUCAAAGAAUUUAUACUUUUUAUUUGGUACCACCUCAAACUGGCCAGAAUGGUCAGCAGAUUGCCAAGGUGCAUGGAGAUCCAAAGGUUUUAGUUUAAUCGACUUUAGCAAGUCUGUAGACACUACAAUUUAUAGUACAGGUGCCAAAUUUAUUUCACCAUUUGAACUUUUGCCACAAGGUACUCCAUCAGAAUGGUCCGACUCGAAUAAAACAUGGUGUUAUAAUAUCGAUUACUUAGGACUUUGUAAAGUUAUAUUUUUUAUUUUAACCGGUGGUAAAUCAGAAGAAUUACUUUUAUCUAGAAAUGAUGAUGAUGGUACAUUCGCUAUUACCAAUUCUAAUCUUGUAAAUACCUCAACCUUUUCAGAAUUCAAUUCAAUUUGGAACAACUUAUUGUUAUCAUUAUUAAACUCUUCAGAUAAUAGCGACAAUAGUAAUAAUAUUUUAAAACAACAAAGGGAAAUUCUCGAAAAUUAUUUAUCUUCAAAUCAAUCAAAAUCAAAAUCAAUUAAAAGCUCAUUAAGAAUUCAAAAUAUUAAAUUAUUUGAAUCAAUGAAAUCAAAAUAA